AUGCUUCCUCGCUCGGAAACCUUGCAGACUCAGACUGGAGUGAUCAUCUUCACCACCUUUACACUACUUGUCCUUUAUACUGGUGUUUCCCUCUACGUCAACUACCGAAAAUGCCCCCAGAUCAAGGGCCCUCGGCUCGCCUCCGUCUCUGAUCUCUGGCUAUUUCGUACUACCUCGGCAGGACGAACGUAUGUGGACUGUGCAGCGGAGCUGGAUCGAUAUGGAUCUCUUGUACGCAUAGCUCCCGACAAGGUCGUUACCAAUGACCCUAUAAUCUGGGCUCACAUGAGUGCUCCACGGUCCAGAUUCACCAAGGGCACCUGGUACGACCCCACAACAUUAAAUCCAAAACACAAAAACUCCCUUUCGCAGCGGGACGAUAAACUUCACAAUGUCCUUCGAGCGAAGAUGACAAGAGGGUACUCCGGCAAAGAAAUCCCAACACUCGAAUCCAAUGUGGAUGACAGAAUCAAUGAUAUGGUCCUCCUCAUACACAAUGAAUCUAGAAAAGGCAAAGCCAUAGAUAUGGCUCGGAUUGCCCAAUAUUUCACACUGGAUGUUCUCACACAGCUCGCUUUCGAAGAGCCCUUCGGCUAUCUCACCAAAAACGAAGACGUCUUUCAAUAUAUCCAGAAAGUACAAGAAUUUCUCCACAUUCUCGAACUUGCGUCAAAUUUCCCCUUGAUCCACCGUAUUCUGUCGAGCAGAGUCAUGCUGGCAUUUGGUCCGAAGCCAACGGACAAGCUUGGAAUGGGCGCAAUGCUAGGAGUCGCACGACGAGUAGUGAACGAGCGUUACGCUCCGGAUGCCAAAAUCAAAGAGGAUAUGCUGGGAUCAUUUAUUAAACACGGCCUAAGUCGAGACGAGGCAGAAAACGAAGCAAUACUCCAGCUCCUGGGAGGCUCGGAUUCAACUGCAACAGCCAUCCGCAUGACCUUUCUCUAUAUUCUCACCAACCCGGCCGUAUAUGCCAAAUUAAUCCACGAGAUCCAUGCCCAUAGGCACAACAUCUCAUCUCCCGUGAUCCAGAGUUCCGAGGCCCAGAAGCUGCCUUAUUUGCAGAGCUGCAUUAAAGAAGGCCUGCGGAUCUGGCCUCCCCUUGCAGGGUUGCAGGGCAAGGUUUCCCCACCAGAAGGCGAGAUGGUCAAUGGAUACUUCAUUCCCGGAAAUAUCGAGGUUGGCUGGAACCCGAUGUCGAUGCAGCGGCGGCGAGAAAUCUAUGGUGAGGACGCUGAGAUGUUCAGACCAGACCGUUGGAUUGAAGCGGCUGCUCUGGAUGACGGUGGCGGCAAAGUCGCCUUGAUGGAGAAGACCUUGGCACUGGUCUUUGGAUUUGGAAAGUAUGGAUGUUUAGGGAAAACCAUCGCCCUGAUGGAGUUGGAUAAGGUAUUUGUUGCACUGUUCCAGAAUUUUGAAUUCGCGCUGGUGGACGUAGUCAAUCCGAUUCGGACUUUCUGUCAUGGGGCGCACCUCCAGUCCGAUAUGUGGGUUCGAGCAAAGCAGAGAGAGCAUCAUGAUUAA